UUCCCCAUGGACAGAAUCAAAGUCCUUGGGUGUACAUACGUAUAAGCAUGUAAUAAUUAUAUGCUUUAAACCAAGUUUGGUUAACACGAAGCUUGUAACCAAAAGUUGAUAAAAAUAUAUCUUGCAGUUAUGGAAAUCUUUGGUCACAACCGAUCACUUCGGUGAAAUUCACAAUACUCCCUCCGUUUUUGCGAACCGAAGGUUGGCAGCAGUAGGUCGUAAAAAGUAAAAAAGUAAAUGAUUUCGGGAGAAUAUGAACCUCCUGAACUUCAAUUCCUUCUUUGGAUACGCUCAUGGAACUCCCAAAUUGUAACUAAAUCGCAUAUUCCUAUUGUUGUACUUUUAUUUAAUUAUAAAUAUGUUAUGCAUUUGCUUCUUUAUUCUCUUUUUACGUUUUUAUUUCUUUUUAGCAGAUGUGAGAAUUGUAAAAAAGUGUAAAUGGAGUGGGGAAAGUGUAUAUGAUUUCAGGCGCCAUAAUAACAGUUUUUCCUGAGCCUCUGAGAGAAGAGCAGUAGCACACUCUCGUCAUCCACUUUCUGACUUCGUUUCUCGCUACAGAAUUUGAAGAACGAUGGAGGAUGUUACACAACAACCGAUCAUGCAAACGUUGACGAUAUCAAAUAUCGCGUCUUUCGAACAAUGCAUUUCAGAACUGAUAGCGAAUUCCUUGAACUCACGCGCAGCGGCAAUCGCGGUAAGAAUUCACGCGGGAAAACGCAAAAUUCAGGUCGUCGACAACGGCGUCGGGAUACCGAAAGAUAUGUUAAGAUGUAUCGCGGAAGCAGAAGCUACGGAUGAUCAGCAGCAAGUGUGCGAAUUGCCUCAAUCAAACUAUCUGGCGGACAUUCGUCGUUUGUCCGACUGUCUUACGAUUGCUUCGAGGUAUCAAUAUUCUAAGGAGACUUUCAUGAAGGCAUUCGAGAUGGGAUUUGCGUCCAAUUUGAUACCGAUAGAACAGAGACCUUCGUGUGGCACAACGGUGUCCGUCUACGGAUUCUACGAAAUACCGUGUAAAAAAUGGGAUACAUCUAUCAUUUGUUUUCUUAUUGCGGCCAUAGCUGUUACAAAGUUAGAAGUGUCGUUUUCGAUUAGAGACGAAGAACAAAAGAAGGUUGUUUUGAGAAUUGCGAAACCGCACAGCCCGGUCGAAGUCCUGAAAACACUAUUUGGGAAAGAUCUGCCGUUGAAUCACGUAUGGUCGAUACAAUGCAGCCCUGAAUGUAACACGAAUUAUCACGGUUACGUGGGAUUAUCCGAUAAAAACGCGAUGCAAUGGAUAUUUUUAAAUCAUAGGCCGAUCUAUUGUCCUCUUAUUUUGAAGUUGAUUCAGAUUGCCUUCAAAGAAAGAUUCAAUUUGUCUUCCAACGCGCUUGAUCUAUGCGAAAAAAAUAUAUUUAUUCUGUUCUUUCUCACGUUCUCAGAAAAAGAAUUCACAUUUGUUAUUGAAAAUGAGAAAAGAUGCAUCAUGUUUUAUGAUAUGCAAAAAAUAUUAAAUCCCAUUAAGAAUUGUAUUUUUAAAAGUCUUGCAGAAGAAGCUACAGUUUCUGCCAUUACCCCUUAUUUGUGUAAAACACAGAUGUUAAAACGAAUACAUUUAAGGAGAGAAAAAUCUAUUUUUAACAAUAUCAAUGGACGUAAAAAUGUUACAUUUUCAAUAAUAAAAAAUAAAAUCGUCACGAUUGGCUUUAAAAAAAGAAAUAUUACGUCAACAAUUGUAUCAAGCAAUUAUUUUAACAAACAACAUAAUACAGAUGAUAAUAUUGAAACUGUCAAGCAUUACAUAGACAAAAAACAUAAUAUAUUGAGUAACAUUCACCAAACAAAAGUUACUAUAAAACAUAUGAAUUUGUGUGUAGAUGAUGGUAUAAAAAAAAUGCAUAAUAAUAAUGAUGAAACGCAAGGAAGUUCCAGAAACUUAAGAAUAACAGAUAAUCUUGUUAAAUCUGAUGAAGUUUCCAAUUAUCGUAAUGACAAUAGCAAUAAUUUCGUAAACAUGAUUUCUCCUCUUUCCGAAUGGUCGAACUGGACUUAUUAUACAAAUAAUAAAAAACGUGAUUCUACGAGAAAUAUGAUUGAUAUACAUCCCAAAAUAGACAUGCAUCAAUUUAAUGUCCUACCACGAAAAUUAUAUGGUUUUCUACAACAUCGUCAUGUUAAAUUAACAAAUGUAAAAUCCUUUGACAGUCCUAAUGAUACAAUUUUGUUUACAGAAAACUGGCAACAUGAACAAGCAAUGGUGCAUCCUUGUAAGUUGAAGCAAAAAUUAUGUGAAUUUAGACUAUCACGAGAAUCAUUAAAAUACAUAAAAGUCAUUAAUCAAGUUAAUGAUGAAUUUAUUGCCGCAUUGAUGACAUACAAUAAAAUGAAAAUUCUACUGAUGAUCGAUCAACAUGCCGUCCACGAAAGAAUACGUUAUGAAAAUUUACUUCUUAGAUACAAGGUGCAGAACGAGAGCGAGUUGCUUUCUUUUAAUUUGCGUGAUCCUCUAUCCAUGGAAUUUCCUACAGAAAUGUACAAUUUACUCCUACGAAAUAAAACAUUACUGAAGAAAUACGGCAUAAAUUUAGGAUCAUCAAAGGAAAACACACUGUUAAUACGCACAAUACCGCAAUGUUUGGUUACGAAUAGCGAUUCCUAUAAUAACGAAAAAAUACUGCCAAAAAUCUAUGGCUUAUUAAACGACGUGUUAAAGAAUCGUGAUAUAACAAAUCAAGCAAACGCGUUACCGUUAACUAUUCAUAAUGCUAUAGCAUCGGAGGCUUGUCAUGGUGCUAUUAAAUUCGGCGAUAAGCUAAUAUUAGAACAGUGCAAGAGUCUUAUAAAAUUAUUAAAGCUUACAAAAUUUCCCAAUCGAUGCGCACAUGGACGACCGACUAUAAUACCUGUCAUGGAAUUUUCGGAAUUAAGAACCAGAAGCGUAAGGAUACUUGAGGAAAAAUUGAAUUUCACAUCCUUGAAGAAAAUUACAUCAAUUAAGUAAAAAAGACAAUCGUUCUCUCUAAUAUAAAAUUACAAUUAUCAUUCAUAAAUACGUAAUUAUUCAAAAUUG